AGAAAAUUUUUCCUCGAAAUCGCCAGCUGUUUUAAUGUUUUGCCCAUGAACUUUUGUCUUUAUUGUUAGAGCGUGGGAUUGGGGAUAUAAACAAAUACUUAAAAGCAAGAAGAGCUUUCACUUUUAUUAAUUUCAUUUUUAUGUUUUAAUUAUUUUUCCAGUUUUUGGUUGUGUCUUUGAGCGGCUUCCACCUAUACCACUUCACACAUCUGAUCUCAAAUCAUUCACGCAUCGGUACAACGAAUGAUGUUCACCUUUCCCCACUAAACCAAUCUUCUUUCCAAAGCAUUUUUUCUCUUUCUCUCACCCUUUAUUAUCAUGGAAUAACUUCUCUCUUCUUUGUUUUCAUUUCACAUGAAAUAUCAUGAGAUAUUAUGGCUGGAUUUUGCAGUUUCUUUGUAAAACACUCAAACCCAACAUCUUGGCUUGAUUUUCCAUCAGAGAUCAUGAAACCACCACACCAACCCUCUCUGUUUAUCUAGUUUUCUUUCAGAAGCCGAAAAUCUCUGUCGUUCUCCUUAAUUGUAUUGGUUCAGUCUCAGCAACGGUCUGCCAAACAAUAGCCCAAAAGUGAAUAAAAAAAGUACCCUUUUUCGAGAAACUAAUUAUAUAUGCAUUAGAUUGUCAAAGUCAUAAGACCAGGCCUUUAUCUUGGGAAGCACAGUUCUUCUAUUCUUGGGAACAGCGAAGCGCUACUUAUUCUUCUGGCUUUCUCAGUGGCCAAACGACAGGAGAAAAUUUGGUCUAGCCUGAGAACUUCCUAUCGCUGUUGCCAGGAUGGUAUUGGAUUUAUUGGUAACGGAUGUCAAUAUUUCAGCUUCCAUAGUGUAAUUUCCUGGAUUCUCAAGAUCUUCACUUGUGUUGAAUUGCCAUUAUGCCCCUCAGCGAUUCCAGAAUGGCAGGACACCUACUUCUCUCCCUCCAAUUUCUUUUUCUAUUUUCAAUCUUGGUUUUUACUCUUUUCCCGCCUUCUUUGUGCCUUACCGUUGAAACCCAAGCUCUACUUGACUUGAAAAACAAGCUCAAAGACCCUUUGAACGUUUUGGAUUCCUGGAAUGAAUCAGAGUCUCCAUGCAAAUUCUAUGGAGUUAGAUGUGAUGCAGUUUCAGGCAAGGUCAUGGAGAUUUCACUUGCUAACAAGUCUCUGUCCGGUGAAAUUUCCCCAUCCAUUUCAAUGCUUGACAAUCUUGCCAACCUUUAUUUGCAUCAAAAUUCCAUUUCUGGGAGAAUUCCUGCUCAACUAAACAGUUGUACCAACCUCAGACUUUUGAACCUGACUAGGAAUAAAAUGGUGGGAAUCAUACCGGAUCUUUCAGGACUUAAAAACUUGGAGGCUCUUGAUUUAUCGUUCAACUCGUUUUCAGGCAGGUUUCCAAGUUGGGUAGGAAUCUUAACCGGACUGAGUUAUCUUGGUUUAGCGGGUAACGCUUACGAUGAGGGUGAAAUUCCUGAGAGUAUUGGGAAUUUGAAGAACUUGACUAUGUUAUUUCUAGCUAUGUCAAAUCUGAGAGGACAGAUUCCAGAGUCUAUUUUUGAGCUGAAGGCCUUACAGACAUUGGAUAUGUCUCGGAACAAGAUUUCUGGUGAUUUCCCGCAGUCGAUUUCCAAAUUGCGAAAUCUUACCAAGAUUGAGCUGUAUCUCAACAAUUUGACUGGCGAGUUGCCACCAGGGAUAGCAGAUCUUUCUUUCUUGCAGGACAUUGAUAUCUCCUCGAAUCAGAUGCAUGGGACAUUACCGGAAGAGAUUGGAAAUCUGAGGAAUUUAGCUGUCUUUCAAUGUUACAAUAACAACUUUUCUGGAGAGAUCCCUGCAGGUUUUGGAGAUAUGCGUCAUCUUAUAGGGUUCUCAAUCUACAAAAACAAAUUUUCUGGGCAAUUUCCUGCAAAUUUUGGCCGAUUCUCACCGUUGGACAGUUUUGACAUAUCCGAGAAUCAAUUUUCAGGUGACUUUCCUAGGUUAUUGUGUCAAAGGAGAAAGCUAAGGUUGUUACUGGCUCUUGAGAACAACUUUUCAGGAGAGUUUCCGGAUUCGUAUGUUGACUGCAAAUCGCUGGAAAGGCUCAGGAUCAGUAAGAACAAUUUUUCUGGGAAUAUACCGGAUGGACUUUGGGCACUUCAACAUGCCAGUGUGAUUGACUUUGGUGAUAAUGACUUUACUGGAGGGAUAUUCCCCAGCAUUGGAUUUUCCAUCUACUUAAAUCAAUUGCUUCUGCAAAACAAUAGAUUUUCAGGUAACCUUCCAUCUGAAAUUGGCAAGUUGACAAACCUGGAGAGGCUUGUAUUAAAUAAUAACAACUUCUCUGGCAAUCUACCUGCUGAGAUUGGUGCUCUGAAGCAGUUAUUCUCCUUGCAUCUUGAGCAAAACUCACUAACUGGAUUGAUACCAGUGGCAAUAGGUGAUUGUGUUAAGUUGGUGGACUUAAAUCUUGCUGAUAAUGAUUUCGGUGGUAAUAUCCCACCAACAGUUUCACUCAUGAGCUCUUUGAACUCUUUGAAUCUUUCAGGAAACAAACUUACUGGUUCAAUUCCGAAAAAUCUAGAAAAAUUGAAGCUAAGUUCCAUUGAUUUGUCUGAGAACCAAUUGUCCGGAAAUGUUCCUUCUGAUCUUUUGACCAUGGGUGGAGACAAAGCAUUUCUUGGGAAUAGGGGACUCUGUAUUAACCAAAGUUCUAAAACUCUUAUGAAGGAUACUGUGUUGAAUGUCUGCAAGGAAGAGCAGAGCCGGAAAAGGGUGCUUGGAGGUAAAUUGGUUUUCUUCAUCAUCAUAGCAGUUUCUUUACUUCUUGUUCUAGCUGGGCUACUGCUUUUGAGUUACAAGAACUUCAAGCUUAGUGAAGCUGACAUGGAAAACAGUUUGGAAGACGAGAAAGGAGUAGAUCCAAAAUGGAAACUUGCAACUUUUCACCACAUGGAUUUUGAUCCAGAUGAAAUAUGUAAUCUGGAGGAAGAAAAUCUGAUUGGAAGUGGCAGCACAGGAAGAGUUUAUCGCCUGGAUUUGAAGAAAAAGGGUAGUGUGGUUGCUGUCAAGCAACUAUGGAAAGGGGAUGGUCUGAAGGUUUUGGCAGCAGAGAUAGAAAUUUUGGGGAAAAUAAGGCACAGAAACAUACUGAAGCUCUAUGCUUGUCUAAUGAAGGGGGGAUCAAGCUAUUUGGUGCUUGAAUACAUGGCAAAUGGUAAUGUGUCUCAAGCACUUCACAGAGAGAAAAAAGGUGGCCAACCAGAAUUGGACUGGUACCAGAGAUAUAAAAUUGCCUUAGGAGCUGCAAAGGGAAUUUCUUAUCUUCAUCAUGAUUGCUCCCCACCCAUCAUUCAUAGGGAUAUAAAAUCAGGCAACAUUUUACUUGAUGGGGAUUAUGAGCCAAAAAUUGCCGAUUUUGGGAUCGCAAAGAUUGCAGAAAAAUCUCUGAAGGGAUCUGAGUACAGCGGUUUUGCUGGCACCCAUGGUUAUUUUGCUCCUGAGCUGGCAUAUACUCUAAAAGUAACUGAGAAAAGUGAUGUCUAUAGUUUUGGGGUGGUGCUUCUGGAAUUGGUUACUGGUAGAGCACCCAUUGAAGAGAUGUAUGGAGAAGGAAAAGAUAUUGUUUAUUGGGUUCUAACUCAUCUCAGUGACCGUGAAAAUGUCCGCAAGGUUCUUGACAAUGAAGUAGCCACUGAAACUGUCCGAGACGACAUGAUUAAGGUCUUGAAGGUUGGCAUACUCUGCACAGCCAAGCUUCCAAAUUUGCGCCCUACCAUGAGAGAAGCGGUCAAGAUGCUUAUUGAUGCUGAACCCUGCAUUUCCAUGUCUCCAGAUAACCAAUCUGACAAAAUUGGUAAAGAUUUUCUCUAGUUAGUUUCUCUGUUUGUACGACAAACCUAUCAAGGAUCCAACUCUGAUCCCCAAAAUUCAUAAAUAUAUGAAAUCUUGUAUUUAGAGUUAAUCAGGCUGUAGGUGUUCUACCAGUUAAAGCUUGAUUUCCCUGGUUGCUAGAAAUCAUUUUGUUGGAAUCUGACUGAAAGCUUAUAUAUAGCUUUUGUGCAUAAAAUCAUGCAUAUUUUUGGAUUUUGAUUCAUGA